CCGAGCGGCCGAGCCGACGCCCGAGCCGAGCCGGAGAUCCCGACGCAGGUUGGCUUCAGGCGACCUCGGAGUGGUGGUUCCGGGGACCCGGGCGGUGCCGGACGAGGGAUCCGGACGGUGCCGAUGGAUUUGACAGGGGACGCCGCAUGGCAUGUGCCAGAAGAAUCUGCUGUGCCUGGCUGUGUGCGAAUACAUUCUGGGAACAUGGCCAGCAGAUGCACAGGGACACACACUGCAAAGAACUGCAGUCGACGAUAGAUGCCAACGGUCUCAUGUGUCUAUUGUGCGACUGUAUGUCUUUUCUUUUGCCACUUGAUGCAGCUUUUUCCCCAGACAGCGAGAGUUGAUUCUUACUUCAAACAUAGGAAGCGGUGCCUGUGUGCGCUUUGGAGCCUGGGUGCUGGUGGUGCCGCUGCCAGUUGUGGCUGCAGGGUGCUGCCUUGGGUGCUGGUGCCGCUGCAGGGUGGUGCUGCUGCUGCGAGAUGUCGAUGGCCGUGUGCAAUUGCGAGCUUGCGUGCGGGUGUCGCCGCAGGCUGCCAGAUGUGCGUGGCUGUCUGUGCUUUGAGCCUGUGCUGGUGGUGCCGCUACAGGCAUCGGGUUGCUGUUGCCAGAUGUCUAUGGCAGUUUGAGGUUUGGAGCCUGGGUGUUGGUGUCGCUGCAGGCCGCUGCAGGCCCCCGCUGCCAAAAUGUUUAUGGCAGUGAGCAAUUUGGAGUGUAGGUGCUGGUGUCAUGCUGCCCACAAGUACCAUCAAGUACCUUUUGUUGUUUGGGGUAGUAUCUGGGGUCUAUGCUAGCGUAUUUGGAACUGACAACAUAUUGGGAAGGAUUGGGACGGGAUGAUUCGAUAAUCUAUCGAACCCAUCACAUCCUUUUCUUCUCACUAUCUAUUUGGUUUGCUUUCUCUUCAGGCACCUUGGAUGCUUCACCUGCGCCGCUUACCUGCAAAUAUACCAUACCCUGUACCCAAUAUCCCAUUCAAAGUUGUGCUCUCAUAGAGGAUGUGAGAGCUAGGCAACAUGGGCUUGAGAGACACACACACACAUCCAUACAUUCUAGGUGCCCACCGCACCAAGCAGAACACAUGUAUGCCGCAAGUCGUACGAGUAGUCUUCAGUCAGAGUCUUCCCCCUGAGUGAUCGGUCACCGCCCGAGGAUGCCAACCACUCGGCCUCUUGGUAUGAUCUGUCACUCUUGGUCCUUGACAGUUUUAGGCUGAGAUGCAUUGGAUGCAUUGGGUCGAGUGCUGACAUGAACAACUCACGGAUAUUUUACCAGCCACAAGAAAUACCAUGCAAUUGCAUGAAAUCCCUCACUACAGACCAGAUGUGCCUUUGGGCAAAACACUCAGUUUUUUUUUUUUUUGGGUGGGGUGGGGAUCAAUAGAUCACAGGAGGGUACGCAAGUGGCCUCCCCGACAGCCUUCAAGGAAGCCAGUGAGCUGAAAGCCUCGAGGCCACAGUCGGAGGCUCCAGAGAUGUUUCGCGGUCACGUGCCUGGUGCCUUGUGCAACAUGGUGGAGCCUCACUCCCCACGGCAGCUGGCUGCCUGGAAGCAGCAGGAGCAGCGAAACAGACAGUUUCAGAUCAAUAUCUCCAAGAAGGGGAAGAAACUCGGGCUUCGAUACGAUGACUCGGACGGACUGGCCCUGGUGAUCAAGAUCAUCGAUCCAGGCGUCCUCUAUGAUUCCAUUAUGGAGAUGAGCUCAGACCAGUGGGCCAUGCCGGAGGAUCGCAUCAUCGAAGUCAAUGGUGUGCGCGGGAAGUCGGAAUGGCUGGAGGAGCAAUGCAUGAAAUCUGAUGUCUUAACCUUAACACUGGAACGAGUUUUGCCAGCGCCCAAUGAGCGGAUCUUUGGCCAGAGCGAGGAUCCCACCGUCAUCGUGCACGCCUAUGACUUGUUCGGUCAUGGCAAGGGUCCGAUGGCCUGCAUGUCUCGCACAUUGAACUCGAUGAGCACACGCUUUGGGCUUUUUCACACAGGCGUGGAAGUAUUUGGCCGCGAGUGGUUCUUUGGAGCUUCUUUGGAGGGCCUCUUCCAUGGAGUGAACUGCACCGAGCCCAAACAGCACCCGGUACACCGCUACCGCACCAGUGUCGCUUUGGGAACUUGCAAGAUCACAGCAGAGGCUUUCGAAGAACUCAUGCCGUUGAUUCGGAUGAAGUGGCCGGCUUGGUCAUACCAUGCCAUCUCGAGGAACUGUCAUAGCUUUACCGAUUUCUUUUGCAAAAUCCUGGGCUUCGAGUCUGCGCCCCGAUUCGGACUGUUUGGAAGUGGUGACGCCAUGCUGGUGCCAGGAGCUGCAGCUGAUGCACGAUCACUGGCGCCCUGUGGGAGCUGUGCGUCGCUCAAGACCGGCGAGGGCCGACAGAUGCCGAUGUCCCCGAGCAGCGAAGGCAGCUGCAUUCGAGUUGAAGCCUAGGCGGGUGCCUGUCUAGUGACGCAAAUGCCUUUCUUGAGGCUGGCGAUGCAACCCCAAGCCCAGAAAGAUACAGCAGCUGCAUGUUUACACUUUCCGCCUCUCGCACUGUGAUGCGAAGGCGCGACUUGUGCUUUUGGAUGUCAACUGCGCUCAGGUGACAAUGACACACAUGACUCAUGUCACAUGACACUCUUACGGAGGACUGCAUCGGCCAAGCUUACCCAAAUAGUGUGCAUUUGGGACUGGCACUUUGGCACAUUUUUUGCGAGGGUGGUCCUUCCUUGCUGGCUGUAAAAUUCUUUCCUGG